AUGCUCCGGUUCCUCCGAUUGCUGCUGCUCCUGCUGCUGCUGCCUCCCCUGCUGCCGCUGCCUCCCCCGGGGUCUCCUGAGCCCCCGGGCCUGACGCCGCUGUCCCCGGGGGGUGCCCCCCAGGCCCCCGACUUGCUCUACGCCGACGGGCUGCGCGCCUACGCGGCCGGGGCUUGGGCGCCGGCCGUGGCGCUGCUGCGGGAGGCGCUGCGCAGCCAGGCGGCGCUGGGCCGCACGCGGCGGGACUGCGGGGCCAGCUGUGCGGCCGAGCCGGGCGCCGCGCUGCCCGCCCUGCUUCCCGGCGUCCCGGGGCCCGACGCCGGGCCGGGCCGGGCGCAGGGGUCCUGGGAGCGCCUGCUCCUCCGCGCCGCGCUCCGCCGCGCCGAGUGCCUGACCCAGUGCGCGGCGCGGCGGCUGGGCCCCGGGGGCGCGGCGCGGCUGCGCGUGGGGAGCGCGCUGAGGGACGCCUUCCGCCGUCGGGAGCCCUACAACUACCUGCAGCGGGCCUACUACCAGUUGAAGAAGGUGGACCUGGCAGCAGCCGCAGCGCACACCUUCUUUGUUGCAAACCCAACACACCUGCAGAUGCGGGAGGACAUGGCUAAGUACAGACGAAUGCGUGGGGUUCGGCUCCAGAGCUUCCGGGACCUGGAGACGCCCCCACAUUGGGCAGCCUAUGACACCAGCCUGGAGCUCCUGGGACGCCAGGAGGCAGGACUGGCACUGCCCAGGCUAGAGGAGGCCCUGCAGGGGAGCCUGGCCGAGAUAGAGAGCUGCCGAGCUGGCUGCGAGGGGCCUGAGCAGCAGCAGGGGGCGGAAGAGGAGGAGGAGGAAGGCGCUGGACGCCAGGGGGGCCUCUAUGAGGCCAUUGCAGAGCACUGGAUUCGGGUCCUGCAAUGCCGGCAGCGCUGUGUGAGUGACACUGCCACACGUCCUGGUCGCAGCUUCCCUGUCCCCGACUUCCUUCCCAGCCAGCUGAGGCGGCUGCACGAGGCCCAUGCUCAGGUGGGGAAUCUGUCCCAGGCUAUGGAAAAUGUCCUGAGUGUUCUGCUCUUCUAUCCGGAGGAUGAGGCUGCCAAGAAGGCUCUGAACCAGUACCAGGCCCAGCUGGGAGAGCCGAGACCUGGCCUUGGGCCGAGAGAGGACAUCCAGUGCUUCAUCCUUCGGUCCCUGGGGGAGAAGAGGCAGCUCUACUAUGCCCUGGAGCACCUGGGGACCAACUUCCAGGAUCCUGAUCCCUGGACCCCAGUGGCCCUCAUCCCUGAGGCACUUAGAGAAAAGCUCAGAGAGGAUCAAGAGAAGAGGCCUUGGGACCAUGAGCUUCCGCAGCCAAAACCCUUAACCUACUGGAAGGAUGUGCUCCUCCUGGAGGGAGUGACCUUGACUCAGGAUGCCAGGCAGCUGAAUGGGUCGGAGCGAGCAGUGUUGGACGGGCUGCUCACCCCAGCUGAAUGUGGGAUUCUGCUACAGCUGGCCAAGGAUGCAGCUGGGGCUGGAGCCAGGUCUGGCUACCGUGGUCGCCGCUCCCCUCACACCCCCCAUGAACACUUUGAGGGGCUCACGGUGCUCAAGGCUGUGCAGCUGGCCCAGGCUGGGACUGUGGGCAGUCAGGGUGCUAAGCUGCUUCUGGAGGUGAGCGAGCGCGUGCGGACCCUGACACAGGCCUACUUCUCCCCGGAACGGCCCCUGCACCUUUCCUUCACCCACCUGGUGUGCCGUAGCGCCAUAGAAGGAGAGCAAGAGCAGCGCAUGGACCUGAGUCACCCAGUGCAUGUGGACAACUGUGUCCUGGACCCCGACACCGGGGAGUGCUGGCGGGAGCCCCCAGCCUACACCUAUCGAGACUACAGUGGAGUCCUCUACCUCAAUGAUGACUUCCAGGGCGGGGACCUGUUCUUCACAGAGCCCAAUGCCCUCACUGUCACGGCCCAGGUUCGCCCUCGCUGCGGACGCCUUGUGGCCUUCAGCUCUGGUGUGGAGAAUCCUCAUGGUGUAUGGGCCGUGACACGGGGACGACGCUGCGCCCUAGCACUGUGGCACACAUGGGCACCUGAGCACAGGGAGCAGGAGUGGACAGAAGCCAAACAGCUGCUGCAGGAGCCGGAGGGGGAGGAGGACGAGGAGGAUGAAGAGAUGCCCAGCAGAGACCCUUCCCCAGAACCCCCCAGCCGCAGGCUUCAGCGGGUCCAAGACAAGGCUGGAAAGCCACCUCGGGUCCGGGAGGAGCUGUGAGCAGCUGAGCCAGCUCAUUGUGGAUGUGGCCUCUUGACUUGUGAAACGUCACCUCCAUGCCAGGACCCACAAGAAGUCCCCAUGUGACAUCAGGAGCAGAACAGCGAGCUGUCUGUCCCUGCCUCUCCACCAUUUGGGGAUCCACAAGGAUUGCUCAGCCCUGAGCUCAGAGGACACUGCACAGACUAGCCCAGAGCUUGCCAGGCCUGGGGAGCCCAGCUUGGCCUCACUUGAUGGACCUGUAGCCCUAAGACAGAGGACACUAUGCAUCCCUGAAAAGAGAUGGCAGGGGCAGGAGGCUGACUGCUUUAAAUGAGGAUGAG